AUGUUAACGCUUGUUUGGAAUGAGAAACGUUUUAAUGAAUCAAAAUCUGCACGUAAUGCAGCGCGUCGUAGUAUUUUUCGAGCAGCAACUAUUUUACUUAAUUCUGAAUUAAAAAUUCUUCAAAGUCAAAAUGAUGAAAUUCAACAUGAAAUUAAUCGCUGUCAAAAUGAUCUACAAAAAUAUGAUAAUAAAUUACAAAUACUUGAUAAUAUGACUCAAUUGGCUACACAAUCACUUGAGAUUUAUUUUCAAGCCCGUAUGGAAAAUUUACGUGCAUUUGUUACUGAACAAUGUCAUAUUAUAUCUGAUGGCAUUCAAGAAGAAGCUGAUCAUUGGAAAGAAAUUCAUGCUAUGUUACAACAAAAAUUAGUUGUACCAGGUGAUUUACGUUCAUAUGGUGGUGGCAAUGGAUUACCUCGUGCUGUUAGACAGAGUCCAAAUUUUAGUCAAAUUGUUGAAGAAGAAGAAGAGGAGACGACGGAGGAAAAGGAAACUGAUAUAUCGACUUUGUUGCAAUCACGAACAUUAACACCAUUAAUUACUCAAACCUUAAAGAAAGCUCGUUUACUUGCAUCGAAACUAUCUCAAAAUACAUCAUUAGUUAUUCCAUCGGAAUUGAAUAUGUCAAAAACUGUUCAUGAAGAAACAUUAAUCGAAGAACCACCACCACCAACAUCCAUUGUAUCAGAUGAUCAUGUUACAUUACGUGAUGUUUCUGCUAUUGAAAAAGCCAUUGAAAUUGAUCAUGAUUUACCUAUUCCUGAAUUAUCUAUGUCAUUUUUACCAUGUAUUCCAACAACAAAUAUGGAAGACGAAAAACAAAAUAAUAAAUCAAUUGCUUCAACUAUUUCCGAUAAAACAUUUGUUAAAACAUCUCUUAAACAAUUUUCAUCUGAUGAAGAAACGGACGAUGACGAUGACGAUGAUGAUGAAGAUACUGUUAUUGAAGAGAGUCUUAUUACGGAUAAUAUUGAAAAUACACGUCCAUUAUUAUUAACUGCUGAUCGAUCAAUACGUAGAUUAGUUACACCGUUACGACAAGAAAAACAUUCGUUAUUAAAUCAAUUGAGUAUAGAAAAAACUAAAAUUAAACAGGAAAAAGUUAGUUUUCGAGAACCAUUACAUAUUGAAAACAAUCAAUCAGAUAAAACAUUAUUAUUAAAUAAUAAUUCAGUUGUUAUUGAAAAAUCAAAUCAUGUUCGUCCAACAAUUAUUGAUAAUCAUAGUACUUCAAAAUUAUCACCAAUUAAAUCUGCUGAUUCAAAUGAGGAAGAAGAAAAAGAAGAUGUAAUGCAACAACCCGAAAAAAACCUAGUCGAUGAAGAACUACCAACGAAUGCAACAAAAACAAAUAAAAGUCCAAUUGUUGAACAAAUACCUGCUUCAAUACCUGUUGAAAAUCCGACAAAACGAAGAACUACUCGUCGAACUACUAUUCGACUUCUUCGAGAAAAUCAAAACGAUAAUUUACCAACACAACCACCUAUCGAAAUGCCAAUAAAAACUCGUUAUGCAACUCGAUAUUCUACUCGAUAUUCCACUAGAUUAGCAGCUACGGUUACUAAUGAAGACGUUACAAUAUCGCGAACAUCAACAGUUCAUCGACGAGCAACACGUUAUACUUCUGAAUAA